AUGUCAUUACGUCAUCGUCCAUUGAAAAUAAUUGAAACAUUCGACGAACAAUUCUCAUCAUUAUCAUCGGAUGAAUUGAAAACAUUCGUUGAUCAUGUUCGUCAUCGUUUAGAUGAUAUCGAUGAGAAGAAAGAAGUAGGUCCUCAAGAAGAAACCACUAUAUUUUCUCGAGUUUGUCUUUUAUCAUUUUUAUUAAUGCUUCAAUCGGGUUCAUCGUUUAUUUUACAAUCAUUUUCGGAACUCAUUUCUCAUCAUAUUUUAAUCACAAUGUAUUUAACCAUGCUUGUGGGUGCUGGUGGAAAUGCUGGAAAUCAAGCAGCUGUAUUAGUUAUUCGUCGUUUAGCAACAUCUCGAUCAUUUUCAAUUCGAUCACUUAUUAUACGAGAAACAUUUUCAGCUCUAAUAAUUGGUACCGCUGUAACAUCGAUUGGUUUUGUUCGCGUAUGGCUUGAAGAACGUGGUGCAAUUUUACCUUCGGUAACCAUUGGUCUAGCUUUAUUCUGUAUAAUAACUACGUCGAUUUUACUUGGUACACUUCUUCCGAUAGUUCUACAAUGUGUUCUUCAUAUUGAUGCUGCUCAUGCAGGCCCUAUCAUUCAAGUUAUUAUGGAUAUACUCGGUGUAUGUAUAACAUGUGCCAUUGGACAAACAUUUCUUGUUAAUUUAGCUUUUUCUAAACAUAAAGAAUUAUAA